AUGGACACAACGGAUACUGAAUCGAUCGAAGACGAAUCUGAACACCCACAGCAACCAUAUGUGGACAUCGAGGCGCUUGCGGGGUCAAUAAAGAAAUCGCCGGUGGCUGGAGCGAGUCCAACGCAAUUGGAACUUCGUAAAGACGUCCGCUAUCUUAAGACUGCUAUAAAACGGGAGCCACUGCCACCGGCCCCAAGCAAGCGAAACUCAAAAUUUGUUACGCUACGGCAAUCUGGUGAUCACAUCAGUCGAGAGAGGGCGAUCCUUUGCGCUUCUGACGUCGGCAGUCUGCCACCGCUAGAACAUGGACAAGUUGGGCUGCUCUCCACUGGAGUGUCUACUUUUCCACCAGAAAGCAACCUGCGGGAAGCGCGUCACAUAGAAGCAGACUGUCAACUCGAAGCGUUGGGAGAACCUGCAAGCAGCUGUACGAGUGUCAUACUUGACCCUACAAAUGAGUUUGUUUCAUACACAGCACCCCCAAGCAGGGAUGAUACGCCCAAAUUUUCAUCGCCCCCGUGUACCUAUGAUAGCACUCGUAGGGGCUCAUCGAGUCACAAGAAGACUGCUUCAGUGCAGCGAAAGUAUCACCAAGUUGCUGUAGUUUAUCCAGCGCAGCGCAGUGCCGAGUUGUGCACUGUGGGUUGCUGCGUGACUCAUUCCUGCUGCUGCUGCUCUGAACAAAAGAAAUCCAUACACCACCAAAUGGACUCCUCAUGCUGCUUCAAUGCUGGCCUUGACACCACGUUGACACAUUUUUCAAGGAAAUGCCUCUGCACCCCCAAUGGCUUCACUACUUCACUAUUUAAGAUCUCAUCAGCUUUGGACAUUGCCCUCAAGCUUGCAGCAGAAUUAAGAAAAAAUUCCUCUUCUCUCCUUCAACAACUAUAGGGCCAACUUUAGUUGUGAUAUUUCUACACUUUAUUUACCUAUAUGUCUGUAACCCAUUGACUCACACAGGAAAUGCUGCUCACAGUGAAUCAUCUUGAAAUUUAUUUAACUGCCUACUAUAAAGAUGUAAAAGAAAAAUGAAAUGUGCCAAACUUGACAAUUGAGUGAAUCAUGUUGCCAUAUUUUUUCUGACAGAAAGUGAUCCCUUUAUUUGUUUUACGUUGGUGACAUUCUACAAUAAAACAUUUUCAGACAA